AUGAGUUUGAUAUUUGAUGCUACUAAUGCUACACAAGGAUCAAGACGUGAUUGGAAUUUAAAGGGAGAUCGAGUUUGGCAAGGGAAAAAUUCGGAGUUCUCUUUGUUUGACUUUCACCAGCUAGUGGAGGCCACAAACAGUUUUUCAGAAGAAAACAAACUUGGACAAGGUGGCUUUGGCGCUGUCUACAAGGGCAAACUUCCGGAGGGAUUGGAGAUAGCAGUCAAGAGACUGUCUUCACAUUCUGGACAAGGUUUCAUGGAGUUCAAAAAUGAAGUCCAACUCAUAGCCAAACUCCAGCACACAAAUUUGGUUAGGCUCCUGGGAUGUUGCCCUCAAGAAGAGGAGAACAUACUGGUUUAUGAAUACUUGCCAAACAGAAGUCUGGAUUUCUUCAUCUUUGACGAGAAUAAAAGAUCUUUAAUGGAUUGGUCAAAACAUGUAGCAAUAAUUGAAGGAGUAGCACAUGGACUUCUUUACCUACAUAAGCACUCUCGUCUACUUGUCAUACACCGAGAUCUUAAACCAAGCAAUAUUCUCUUGGACUACGAAAUGAAUCCAAAAAUUUCGGAUUUCGGGCUAGCAAAAAUACUGAGCUCAAAUGACAAUGAAGGAAAUACCACAAGAAGAGUGGUUGGCACAUGUGGCUACAUGUCCCCAGAGUAUGCUUCAAAGGGCAUCUUCUCAACUAAAUCCGAUGUCUUCAGCUUUGGUGUUGUCAUUUUGGAGAUCCUUAGCGGAAAACAGAAUUCUAGUUACGAACAUUGUGGAGGCUUCAUCAAUCUUCUCGGAUAUGCAUGGCAAUUAUGGGAAGAGGGAAAGUGGGCUGAUCUCGUUGAUGCACCAUUGCUACCCGGAAGUCACUCGGCAAAGGUGAUGAGAUGCAUUAACAUAGCAUUAUUGUGUGUACAAGAGAAUGCAACUGAUAGGCCAACCAUGGGAGAUAUUGUUUCAAUGCUAAGCAAUGAGACUAUGAUCUUGGCUGAGCCUAAGCAGCCAGCAUAUAUCAAUGUAAGGGUGGGAAAUGAAGAGGCGUCCACAGCUCUUGAGCCAUGCAAUAAUAAAGAUAUGCCCAUGUCUGCGAAAGUUCCUAGAUAGUUUUAUUCCUCGUGCCAUGUUUUUAAACUGUCCAUGGUAAUAUUCACAGCAACACAAAUGUUGUAUAAUGUGUACAGUCAAGUGGUGUUCCAAAUGUGAGAUUAUGUACCCUAAAGAGUAUAAAAAGAGAGG